AUGGCAGCAGCGAAAGGUGUUGGAUCAGUAUUCAUUUGGGUGAAUGUUCGGCUACGUAAUAAAAGCUCGGUAUGUUUGCAGUUAUCAGCAAAGGUCGACACAGGUGCCGAUGCGCUUGUGAUUAGCAAUAAACAGUGUGCUGAUUUGAAACUGGUGUGCGUAGGUGAAGGAGCGUAUCACGAUAUUGGGUUGACCUUCAAAGUGUAUGAAGGAGCUGAAAUCGAAUACAUGGGGAGAUCGGCUGAAAUUGUUGUUCAUGGUGUGGUGGAUUUAGAGAAACCCUUAUUAGGCAUGUCAGCCAUUUGUGCUUUGCAAGUUUCUAUUGAUAUAGUUGGCCAGAAUUUAAUCCUAUUGACACCAUAUCUCAGUGUGGAAUUACUACAAGAAACAGGCGGUGGAUUUUUUUCAUGCGAACACAUCUCCGGCAUUCAAACAUUAUCCUCAAAUUUUGGUCGAUACCGGAGCUACCACAUUGAUUAUGAGUGA